UCCAGUUUCUGGUUUGCACUGUAAGAAUCACCAAUAUGUUGAUUUGUCAAUAGUUUAAUGGCACCCGGCAACCGAGCGUUGUUACGCCAUCUUAUAGUCCUCCAAAUGUUCCGCAUAUUUUGCAGCUUUGCAUUAUUGCAAGAAAGAAUUAGACGCUGAAUAUAAUGCUAUAAUUGAAAGGAAUUGUGAUGGACACGUUCCCAUAAACAGGUCAUAGGAAUAUGAGUUCCUUGACUUGUCAGAUGUGAAAGAAGCGGAAUUAAGUAGCCUGCAGUGUGCACUGUUCGAGCGGAAGACUGACACGUCGUCAUACUCAGCUACUAUCCGUUGGGUUGAACCUUCUACAGACAUUUCAUCGUGUUCAUCGAGCACAGCGGGACCACCGACCGUGUCGAGCAGCCUGGAUAGCCUGUCGGGCGGCGAGUGCGAGAUGGCGCCCCACUCGCCGCAGCGCGGCGGCGCGGGCGCGGCGGGCGGCGCCGGCCCGCCCCACGCGCCGCCCCCGCCCUACGUGCAGCCGCCGCCCGCCUACCCUCCCCCGCAGCACCACCAGUGGCCCGUGGCCCCGCCCAACGUCUACGUGAGCCAAGUCACCGCCAACGUGAACGUGCACGGCUACAUGGGCCAGUAUUACCAGCCGCCGCAGCCGCAGUACGUGCCGCCGCCGCAGGUCGACCGCCCGCCGCGAACACAUCGUCGUGACCGACGCGGCAAACGCGCGCCGUCCCCCCCACCGCCGCAGCCCCCGCCCUACUACGUCCAGUACCCUCAGUACUACCCUGCCGCGCAAGCGCAAGGCGCACCGCUAUACCACUUGCCUAUGUACCAGCCCCUUGUUUAUGGGCCAUAUGCCCAUCCACCUUAUUAUUAUCCUGAAUAUCCGCUACCAGUAGAAGGCGAAGCAGGUGAAAAGGGCCCAGAUGAGUACGCUCAGGAUGUAGUAAUGGAGCAGGAGGCGGUAGAUGCAUAUUAUGCUGGCACACAUUACGCGUUUGGCCCGCCGGUUGACGGCAGUAUGGAGUAUAUGCCACCUAUCUAUUUGCAACCUCCGCCACAUCCUCCACCAAUUCCUAUACCGCAGCAACCUCCGCAUCAGUCUACACCACAUCAGUUCAAUGUGCACGCUAAAAAUUUCGUCCAAGGCCAAAGUCAAAACAAAAACUAUACACCGCCAGAGAACAAAAAUCACGAACACAAAGCUCCCACGACGACGGUAUCGGCUACGGCAUCGGCCGGAUCAGUGGAAUCGCUGCCGAUCAAAGAUCUCAAAAUUACUAACAAAGGACCCAGCAGUCCUAAACAGACUGAGCGUCCAGCUAACGAUAGUCAAAAUAAACCUACCACUGUGUCCAGUGAGAAAACGUCACCCGUUCCAAAAACGGAUUCCUCUAAACCAGCUUGGGUGCCUACUGAUAAUAAAGUGCCAGAGAAUGCAUCUAGCCAAUCCCAGCCAGUAAAUAAAACAUUCCCACCUACUGCAUCUGCUAACGUUCAAGGGUCGUCUGUAGCUAAAACGCCACCAAUUAUUAAUAAAUCGACGAAAGGACCCGCUGCUCCGUUUACUGGUGGCAAACAGCCAUCAAAAACCUCCGUGCCGCAGACUAUUGUACCUGUACAACAAGCAGCUUCUGCUCCGAAGGCACCAUUUGGGAACAGACAGAAAAGAGAAGGCACUGCAAAUCGCUCACCAUCAAAUGAAAACACGGAAACGCCUGAGAGGACUAAUGCACAGGUUGAGCAACAUUCAAAGCGAGAACCACCUUUGCCACCAAGUAAAGCUCCAAUGCCUAUUUCUAUAACCCUCCAUUCACAGGGUCAGCCAUUAAUUGUGACAAACAAAUCGCCAUUCGGGCAUUCAAGGAAGGCAGCCGCUGCGCCUGAACCGCUGCCAGUUCCCCAACCUCCUCCGCCUGCUCCUACCGCAUCAGACUUCCCUCCUCCUCCGACACCCAGAAACCGAGGGGAACCUGCUCCUCCACCUGUGGUGCAACCACAACCGCAGCCCGCUCCAGGCAAAUCAUGGGCCAGUUUAUUCUCAAAUAAGACAGUCAUAACGACGACUGCUCCAGCUCCUACUGCUACGGCUACUGCACCAGAAGAACCAUCUAGCCCCACGACUACUACGCCGUUAUCUUGUACUAGUAUUCAAAAACCUGUUGCUAAAGUGCCACCUUUUGAUGCUUCGCCACUACAAGCCACAGUCGCCGAUAAGACUUCGCCUACACCUCGACCUCCUACCACUGUGGGUCCUACAGUGUCGUACUCUGAGAAAACUUCAGUAAAUGCCGUCAGCAACGUGUCUAGUACCGCAGCCACUACAAAGCCUCCGGCUACUGGUCAAGUUGCUACAGAAGUCCGCGAAGUGACCGUUCAAAAGGAACCUACUCCAGCUCUUCCCGUUCAGUCAUCGCCGUUCAGUGACGACCCAAAUUCUUAUAGAAUGGGUGAAUUCCUGACCAAAUAUCAACUGGACAAUCGGCCAGUAUCUCUCCUGCCACGCGGUUUGACGAAUCGUUCCAAUUAUUGUUACGUGAACGCGAUACUGCAAGCUCUCAUCGCCUGCCCGCCAUUCUACAACAUGCUGAAGUCAUUGCCGUACCAGACCCGUCGCGGCAAAUCUAGCACGCCUGUAAUAGAUUCCAUGGUGGAGCUGUGCUACGAGUUCAGCCCGCUGUCGGCGAGCGGCGGCGGCGCGGGCGGUACCGGCGGCACGGGCGGGCGCGCGCGCACGCGCGGCGAGGGCGGCGCGGGCGGCGGCGGCGCGCCGCUGGUGCCGGGCGCGCCGCCGCUGGACGGCGCCGCCGGCCUGCGCGUGCUGCGCGCGCUGCGGCCCUUCCCCGGCUCGCAGGAGGGCCGCCAGGAGGACGCCGAGGAGUUCCUCGGCUGCCUGCUCAACUCGCUCAACGACGAGAUGCUCGAGCUCAUCAAAUUGGUAGAGCCUGAAGAGCCUAAAGAUGCAAAUGGCCAACCCAAUGGCAUCAUUCCUCAAGAACAAAAACCAGAGGAAGAUGAUGAUGAUGACGAAUGGAAGGUUAUGGGCCCUCGCAACCGCGGCGCAGUGGAACGACGAUGGGCCGCCCGCCGCACGCCCGUCGGCGAUAUAUUCCGCGGACGAACACGCCUGCGCCUGCAUCGCGCUCCACACCAUGACGUCACCGAUGCGGUGCAACCAUUCUUCACGCUGCAACUCGACAUCGAGCGUGCAAACAGUGUCAAAGACGCCCUGGAGCUGUUAGCUGGGAAAGAUACACUAGAAGGAGUAUCAGAUGCUUGGCAACAAUUAUCACUAGAGCAGUUGCCAGUGGUUCUACUCCUACACCUCAAAUGCUUCCAGCUCGAUCCGGAAGGACACACAGCUAAAAUUGUCAAGAACAUUGACUUCAACAUUGACCUCAAAAUCGAUCCCAAAAUUAUGUCAUCAAAGCUCAAAUACUCGCAAAAACAACGAUUGUACAAGUUGUUUGCGGUUGUGUACCACGAGGGGGUUGAAGCUGUGAAGGGGCACUACUUUACUGACACCUACCAUGGACAAAUUGGCUGGCUUAGAUACGAUGACUCGACGGUCACGCAAGUAGCGGAGGCUCAAGUACUGAAGCCGAAGGCGCCGCGAAUGCCUUACUUGCUCAUGUACCGCCGCCACGACACACUGCCGCCACCGCCACCGCGCACCCGAACUGAGUGAAGCACUUGCCAUGCUUGUCACACUCGUCAUUCACCAACAACCAUCGGCCUCUUUUGUUCGUAAAUCGUGAUUGAUGGCAGUUACUCAUUUCACAAUCAUAUUGCGCCAUUUUUCCAGUCAAUAUAUGGCAUUCCAUUCUGGCCCGUUUCAACUAUUAUUGGACACUGAAUGAGUGCUUUAAAGUGUGUUGCAUGAAAAAUAAUUAAUAAAGUUAUCCACCGUAAUUUUGUACAUAAAGUAAAAAGUGGAUUAACAGUGGACACUCUGUUGAGUGUGUAAAUAUCGUUUCUUAUAUGUUUGUGCCUCUACAUUCAGUGAAAAGGAUUUUCGAAUGUUGUAACAUAAGUGUAAAAUAAAAGGAAGGUUAGCUCCUUGGAUGUGUUAAAUGGACAGUUGUUAGUGCUAAAAAUUAACUGAUAUUAACGAAUAUAAUUUAUGGUUGUUUAUUUUAAUGCAUGUUAUAAUUGUGAUUUUCUAGCAUAGAGUACAUGCUAGCAGCUGUCCCUAUCUAUGUGUAACAUAAUGUAUAUUCAUAACUCAUAUAUAUAUAUAUAUAUUAUAAACUGAUGUUUUGCUUUAAAUGUACAUAAUUAUAUUCAUUUUUUUUUUUUUUAUUCUCUAUUUGAUAAAGUACAAAGACUUAAUUUGCUUUGUAAUUUUUUCAAAGUAAAAUAACAACAAUAUUCACUUAUCAAGUCUUGCAAAACUUGUAUAAUUAAAUUUAUGAUUAGUGUAUAAAUGUGAGUUGGGGCCAAUUGAUGUUAGUGAAGACUUUCGCGCUUGCUACGAAUUUACUAAUAACAUUGAAUUUACUAACAUGUUAUUAUAAACAUAUUUCUGAAGAGUAUUACUGUGCAUUUGUAAAAUAACAUCAAAAAAAAGGUAAUGGUACAUUGUGUCACAUCAAUGUGCCUCAACUCCUCAAUAAUGCUAAUAAGGUUUUAACGAGUUCUCUACAGGACAAUAUGGAAUUGUGGUGUUAUAAACAAUUAAAAAAUGUAAAAAAAAUGUAGUCUUAAAUAUUCAAUUCAUGGUACAUAUUAUUUCUGUAUUAAACAUUGAUAGAAUGUUGAAUGGUUGUCUCGUGCUGGCAAAUAGAUGUUGAACUGAUAGAAAGUACAAAGUUUUAAUGCUGUUGUGAUAGUAGAGUGGAUCACAGUGUAAUGUGAUGGAUUACCAACGAAUACUCGUUAGUAUUUGAAAAGGAAUAUAUGGUGUGGACUUUAUUAAAAUGAAAGAAUAUGUAACUUGAAUUUCAUUUCGUUUUAGUGGUACUGAUCAUAGUGUAGUGGUUGCGAGGGGAGUUAGGGCGGCGCCACACAUACUGUCUCGGUGAAUUGGUGCUUCUUGGUGGAAUAAAAAGAAACUGGUGAGUGAAAUGUGCCCUUGUUACAUGUGAUAUGGUAUGAAUGAGAACUAAUGUAGCAGUUUGAUUAGUUGUAGUCACUUGUGUAUGAUAUUGUUAUUGUAAUGAUAUAAUAAGUGUUAAAUAUAAAUAGAUUAUUAUCUCGCCGUUGGUGUGUUUGUGUGGGGAAUGUCUGUUUUUAAUAUUAUUCAAAUUCGAUUCGAGAUUUAUCUUACUUUCAAUUGUAACAGGUCCUACGUAUAGAAAGUGAAUUUUAUUAUUAACUAAGCUGUUGGGUAUACUAAAUUUUACAAUGUAAUUUAUUGUCUAUUGUGAACUUGAUCCUUUUAUAAUUAAUAUUUUUUUACGAGCAUAGCCACGCUAUCUAGAUCAGUUUCGUUAUACCUAUUGAUCUCAGGCAAUGUUGUUGUUUGACAAGAGUUCGUGUUAAUGCCAAGAUAAAUUAGCAUGCUUGUAGCUCGCUACUUUCGAAGCACAAUAUUGAAACAGUCUUGUUGAAAUAUUAUUAAUUAGAGAAAAUAUAUUGUUACUUGUAAAAAUAAUGAGGAUUUUGGACAAAAUUUAGAAAUAAACUAGAAGGGAGUAAGACCUCUAAAUUUCUCUAUUAAAUAAUUAUAAUCGAGUACAGAAGUUUACAGGUCCUGUUAGACAUUUUAAUUCUUUCUGUUUUAUUCUUUUAAAAAUCCAUUUUCGUGCUAGAUACACAAACUUUUUGUUUGCUACCAGCAUGUGAAUCUUGGCUUUUAGGUGUGAUGUUUAAAUCCUAGGUUAUGAAGGCAAUACAUCAAUGCCUUAUUAGGUAUUUGAAUAUUAAUAUUUUGCUAUUACGAAUUUGACCAAAAAAAAACUAGAUAUCAUUUUAAAGUUGCUACAAAAUUAAAGCUUUUUACUUAAGGUGUUUAUAAAAUGCCAACACCAUUAGUAAUUACGAUUAUCAUAAACGCAUUUUGGUGUCCAAAUGUAUCGAAGUAUGAUUUAGUCUUUAAAUUAGUCAAUUUAAAUUACAAUUGUAAUGAAUCGAAAUAGAUUUAGUUUUUUAUGAUAGUUCUGAGUUAUUUACUAACUUGCUAAGCUUUUAUAUGUAUAACUUGGUUGUUGUUAAUUCGUUUAUUUGGAUUGGGGUUGGUAGGUCUUAAAAUAAUUUAAUUAGGCGACUGGCAAUAAUUAUAGUAGUAAUAUAAAACUCGAAGUGUUGCCACCAUAGCGUGAGACACCAAUAUUAGUUCCUUAUGGUUUUUUUACCGAUUAAUUAGUAUGUUAAAUGAUAUUCUAGCUGUCUUUGUUUAUGCACAUAAUGAAUACUUUCCAAUCGUAUCCAACUAGUCAAUAAUAUGCUGCUUGAGCCAGCCUAAACGCAGAUGUUUGUCUGUCAGAUCUUUUUGAGAAAGAAAAUUCUGCAAAAUCAUAAGACAUUUAAUGCCAAGUUAUUAUAUAACUGAAUAUUUACAACCAGUUGUAAAUAUUUGUUGAAUAUUCUUACAACUUCAUUUUCUGAUGUAAUUCAAACGUCUUUUUAAUUUUCUAUUUUUUAUUACAUCAUUAUUAUUAUAUUACGUCACCGAAAACGAUAUUUACAACGUGAUACGUUAUUUUCACAAACGAUAUAAACAAAAUUUUGUCAUAACAUCAUUUUUUACUAUUGGUAUAGUUGCACAAAAUAUAGUAGUUAUAUACAUUUUCUCACCAGACGUAUUUUCUGUGCAUUUUCGUGAUGUUUUCCUAUUAAUUUUAUUUCGCAUGAUGCAUUUCUGCCCCAAAAACCAUAUUUAAUACGAAUUAUCGGUAUUCCCGAGAAUACAUUAUAUCGUAUGUUUGGAAAUUGCACGCUAAUAUGUUUCGUCUUAAUUAGAAAAAGAAAUGCUCAAAAUACGACUAAACUGAAAAUAUUGACGGAUUAUUUUAAUGCGAUUCGAAAGUUUCUUUUUUUUUUUAUUUCUAUUUUACCCAAUAAUUUUGGUGAUCAAAUUAUGUUAUUGAUCAAAUAUAUUUAUGGUUAUACUGAAUAUUGUAACCAUUUUAUGUAGUCGACCGAAUAUUAGUCUAAGACUGAGAGCAGGGUCCGAAAAACGGUUUCGAUUUAUGCAAAAAAAAAGCACAUGCCUAGCAAGUAAGGUUUAUUAUAACUACUGCCUUUUAAUUAAGUCUGUGUUGCCUAUUUAUUUAUAUAGUUUAACUGUAUAUAACACGUCACGACGAUAUAUUAAAAUUUCUCACGCGGAUCAUAUUUUAAAUUAAAAUUGGGCUGCUAAAUAAGUAAACCUGAAGUAUUUAGAACUAUAUGAUCAUAAAAAUAAGUUGCAUAAAUUUAAAUUAUUUUUUCAUAUAAUCUAUACAAUUGGAGCUUUGAAUUUUUUUUUUUUUUUAUUGAUUUCAUCCGCGCCCAUUCACUUCGCCACCAACACGUAAUGGACUCUGUAAACGAUCAUGCGGUUUGAGUGAUAUUUUUAAUUAGGCGCUUCAAGGAUAAACUGAGCAGCUCUACACGUUUUACAAUGUCCAUUACUCUCACUGCCAUUAUGCUAACAUUUCUAUCUAUACCAACAUCGCGUCAUGUAAUUUCUCCAGUUUUUUUUUUUUUUUUCGGAUACUUACCCUACGAUUGUAACGGUUCUACGACCCGCGGUUAUCGGACAGGUAAAUAACUCUGUAAAUUGCAUACCAAUCGAAAUGCACGACAAUUUAUUCAUUUAAAAUAUUUCACGCUUAAAUUGUUUUUAUUGUGUUAACACAUUGUAUUCUCGUGUUACAAUGUACGUUAUUAAAGGAACGUCUCCAACGGUAGCAUUGCCUCACAAGUACUGGAAAUAAGGAUUACUCGAAUACGCGCGAAUGCUCCCGUAAAGCACGUUUCUAAAAAAACUUACUUAAAUCAUAUAUACGUAUAUAAAACUGUCUUGUUAGUUUUUAUAUAUUUAUAAACGAUAGAUGCUCCGCUUGUGUGAUUAGUCUAGCAUAUCUAGCUAACACUGGCAUUUAUAACUAGAUAAUGGGCGCUUAUAUAACUGGAACUAGUUAUGCAAAAUAAAAACAGCUAAAUUACCCGGGAAGUCCAAAAUCGAUGGCUGUUUCCUGCAUAACUAGCUCAAUUUACCUUAGCACGAAACUGUAUCGUACGAUCUUAUCGUUGUAAUGUAAUAGGAACGCUAAAUAUAUCAUAUAUAGUUAUAAUAUAUAUAUAGUUGUUCAAUCGCGUAUAUAAAAAAAAGUAUAAAAAUAAAAAUGCGAUCUAAGCAAAUAUAGCUAUCCGACCGGUGUGGAUGUUUUCUAAAUUUGUUAUAACCUUUUUUUCGGCCACCAAUAUUCAGACUCCAGUGGAAGUCAAUAUAUAGAUACCAAUAACACUUAUGUGUAACUGUUUACGUACGGUAAAAUUGUACGAUAUAAUACCGUGCCGUAAAUUAAAAGUAAAAAUCGCCCAUAGAAUGAUUUUAUCGCAGUUGGCUGUGACAUAAUAUAUCUAUUAGGUCAUGAUUGAACGUAAAUGACAGUUAGCGCUCACAUUUGUUUUUAUAAUGUUUUUAAUUAAAUAUCUACAUGCCCACACUCCACAUAGUCCCUAAUAAGUGGUCUAUUUGGUAAUGUUUCACGAAUGUUUAAAUUAUCUUUAGAAAUUAUUGACUUUCCUUUGUAAAUAUUACAUUAAUUACAUUACGUAUACCUAUUUUAUUAAUUAGAGAACAUUUUCAUAUUAGAUACAAUUAUCAAAAUAUUAUUGAAAUAUAUUUAUGAUUUUACUUAUUUAAAUGUGCAGCUUCUUUGUUCGCUAAAGUAAUAUAAUAAUCACAAUAAAUAUAUCGGUAAAUAGAUUAUGCAGAAAAGAAAAUGAAUUAGUUGAGUAUUUAUAUAAUAAUAAUAAAAUAUAGCAGUAUUUAGCAACUAUCGCUUUGUAGUUAUUCACAAGAAAUUUACCAAUAAAUUACCAAUACGCUUUUAUCAAAGCUAUGAUCAACAAUUUAGCUAAUAACUAUUGAAAUCAAAUGCUUAUAAUUUGUAAAGAGAGCUUAACAUAUUAGUACAAGGGUUCCCAAGGUUUCACAACACCCUAAACGAAAUAACGUUUUCACAUAAAAAAAAUGAUAAAGAUAUUUUAGAAAUAUUUAAAAUAAUGCUCGAUAAAGAGAUGACAUUUUUUUUUCUUAUUUUCUUCAAUUAUUAUCUUUGCUUCUUUUUUUUCUACCAUUCUACAAUUUUAGUCUUUUCCCUGUUACGUCUUAACCAGACAAUUUUAUUUAUUCCUUUCCAUUCUAAAGUUGCCUGGAAAAGCUAUUUAGCGAUAGGCCGCCCAUUGUUGCCUCUUCAUCUUGCUUUUAAUAUUGUAAUUAUUCUUUUGCAUAUAUGUUACAUUUUAUAAUUCUUUUAAAGGAACAAUAGAGUUUUUAUAAAAUUAAAAUAACAUAUCCGAAUUCCUUGGAUUCCAAUGUAGGUUUUGUAUAUUUUUUUUCCAAAUAUCAAGUAUUUUCUUUUUGGGAAUCCUUGAAAUAGUAUUUUGUAUAGAACGUAAUCAAGCAUAGUUUAUGGUCCGCUCUCUCGUUUUAUAGCACAAAGGAAACUAUGAUGGCGUUAUUGACACCGUCAUUCAUAGAUAAUUUUAUUCACAUAAAAUUUCAACUUAAUUAUUGCGUUCGAAAAGUUUCCGUAUUAAAAUUAAACAUCUAGUCCCUAAACCGAAAUAUAAAAUUGGUGCAAUCAAUAUUUAUAUUCAAGUUUUGAAGACUAUGUAAAUUAUAUAAAGAGGUCCUUUAGUCUCUUAUAAAUUCAUAUACAAUAUGUGCAAUAGUCUGAAAUAUUAGGAACGAUUUACAGUAAUAAAGUAACAUGAAAACAAUGAACACGUUGGCGGUCUAUCUACUUAGGUUUUAAUGAUGUAUCUAGUACGCGUAAUGUAAUUUUAUUAUUAUUUUUAUAUGAGAGGUUCGUCGUUUAAGUUAGUUAAUUUUAGCGAUAAGAUCCAAGGCUGUAUUAAUGAGGAGUGUUUUUUCCCCAAUAAAUGCUAAACCGUUUAUUAUAUAUUCUGAAAUAUUUGAUUUCGUAUAUUGUGUAAAAAAUACUCCUGUUGGCGGCAGCAGAUAAUGGCAUUUAUUAUAAAAAGACAAAAAAAUUAUGCCUCCAUAAAAUGACAUGAUCAUUGUCUACUGCAGUCAGCUUUCUAAGUUGUUAUGUGAAUAUGUGUGUAUGACUAAUUAUAAAAUAAUCCUUUAUUUUGGUAACAAAUUGGUGUUAUGAAAAUUUUGUGAAUUAAAUAUGGUGUCAUUCUGAUGAUA